CGACAUGUGUAUAUCCUGAGGGCCAAAUAGCGCCACAACAAUGCGUCUCCUGGUUUCGUAGCGUGCCGCCAAACCACAAGGAUCAUUAAGGGUCCCUGUGACUAGGGGAGGGUGUGCGCCCGGCGAUCGCGGCUUGAUUGGCGAAGCCAUACUUGGGAGGCGUGCUCCCUACUCUUGCGAUAAAGUGAUUGGCGGUGUAACGAUCUAUUGAUUGUUGACACGGCACGAAAAAGCCGUCAGGCCUGCUACGCAAUGGGUAACAAGUCUUCCGUAACCCAACCCCAGGCAAACAACUACAUUCACUGUUUGUGACCACGCGAUUGACUGAAUAGUGGAGUAAAGUGAGGUUGUGGGCGGCCAGCCAAGAGUCAGUACUGACACGAAUUCUUGUUGCGCGAAUCAGUUAGCCUGCGAACAAAGGUUUUCCUCGCCUGCGGGGUCAUUUCGGCCCAUCUUCCCCAAUUAUUUAAGACAUCUCGAGGAAUCAGGCCAGAGCGGAAGCCUUCAGUUUGACCAUAUCCCCUAGAGUGAGUGACUGGGUAGUGAGUCACUGAGCUUCGCCGGGAGUGGUUGGCGAUUACAUGCUGAACAAACUCGUUGCGCAUCGUGAAAUAACCGCAGCGACGGAAGCGGGCGACACUCAGACCAGUACAAACCAGAGCAGCGACAGCCCGCGCCCUUCCGCGCCCGUGGCCAGCUCUCUAACCGCGAAUAUUACGACUCGCCGGCCAACUGACAUGCUGAUUCCCACCCCUUCUACCCUAGACUCCAGGCGGUUCUCGCCGUUCGCGGACCCCGGGAAGAUGGGAGACCCUCACCGCAAGGUGCACCCCCACUUCAAGGGAGACCGAGGCCUGGUGGACGCCUUGGCGGACCACCCCGGCGAACUGGUCCGUACGGACAGUCCCAACUUCGUCUGCUCCGUCCUGCCGUCUCACUGGCGCUGCAACAAAACGCUCCCCGUGCCUUUCAAGGUGGUGGCACUGGGCGACAUCCCGGACGGGACACUUGUCACCGUCAUGGCAGGGAACGACGAGAAUUACUCGGCGGAGCUGAGGAACAACCAGGCCGUCAUGAAGAACCAGGUCGCCCGAUUCAACGACCUGCGCUUCGUGGGACGCUCCGGACGAGGAAAGAGCUUCACUCUGACGAUUACGGUGUUUACCAACCCGCCUCAAGUUGCCACCUACCACCGCGCCAUCAAAGUCACCGUGGACGGGCCACGAGAGCCCAGAACCCGCUUCCAUACUGGUAGCUGCCCGUAUACCGACCUAGGCAUGGCCUUAAUAGGGCACCGACAGAAGCUAGAAGAGCAGAAGCACGCCCUGUCCUUCUCCGAGCGCCUGAGUGAGCUGGGACUGGAGCGCCUCCGACACAGCCACAUCGCCCAGCCCCUGCCUCCUGCCAUCCGCACACCUCUCAUCGAGGCACCGCCCGGUCACCACCCCCCGCCUUCAGCGUACACGCCCGGGAACCCGCAGAUUCAAGCCACACAAGAUGGAGCAUCCCGGUCGCCCCCGUCGUCCUGGCCGUACCAGCCGUAUCGGCCGUUUAUGGGCGGCCCCAUGCCCCCUCCCGCCAUGCCGCCACAGACCACGGCAGCGGCGAGCAUCGAGCGGAUUUCUCCCGAGAUGGCCGGCCGCCUCCCGACGACCAUGCCUGAGGUCAUCUCGCAGAGGUUUCCCGGAGACCUUCCCAUCCGCUUCCCGGCAGACGCACAGUUCUCCUACCCAGACCUGCGUUUCUCCGACCCCAGACUCUCGGACCCGAGACUCCUGUACCCGGCGGCCGGCGCAACUGGGUUCACUGCGUACAGCAGUGGUCCCACCACCACCAUGUCCAUGCUCCCCACCAGUCUGACCAGCCCACGGUACCUCCCCAUGUCUCCUCCGGGCUUCCCCAAUCUCACAAGUGCCCCGGGCGGAUUUGUCACGAGCCCGAACUCCCCUCCCCGGCAGCUUGGGAACUACUCCCCCGGCUCCCCACCCUAUGGUAUCUACCACCACCUGUACGGCGGGUCGUACCAAUACCCCAUGCUCCCGGGGAGUAGUGGAACGCCGCAGGGGCCGAGGGAACCCAGCAUUCUCGCCACCACGUCCAAUUCUCAGACUCAAAAGCCGCAGUUGUUGCCAGCGCAGGAAAAGGAAGCGGGCAGCCAACCGGGUACCGGUAACCAUGGAAACAGACAGCAAGACGAGCAAAUGGACACCCAGCCAGGGGGGUCACCAGAAAAGCGAGAGACAGUCUGGCGCCCAUACUAAUUCUGUCAUCGCACGUCCAAAAUUGAAUUCUCUGACCAAAUGAUUCCACAAAGCCACAUGGCGCCAAGAGGGAAUUCAAACGUCCUUUUUUUUAUUGUGCAAAAAACCAUUUGAGAGUAUUAUGCCAUGGGCAAAAAACUGUAUAGAGCUACCGUAUUUAUAAAGGCACAAGAUUGGUGGACAGUAUAGCACUCGUAUCAAUGACAAGUACAAGGGUGUCAGUGAAGGCGAACUGUCUUUAGCGUAAGGUAACACGAGAGGUUAUCCUCUCAACUGUCAUUUGUCAGUCUGUCUUGUACAGUGUACCAAAUAAUUAUAGCCUCUACGCCGUGAUGCUUUAGAACCAGAUACCGAUCAGAAAUUUGGAGGCAGAGAAUUUAUCGUGUUGUCGUUUUCAAUCAUGAAAUGAUUUGUCGAAGACCAAACUGAUGUAUGUGUAAUUCCUAGACAAAAAGUAGGGUGUAGGGAGCAAGUAGGUGGAUAGAAAUUCUCAUCAUUGUCACUUAGAAUUGAGUUGUCACUGUCAUUAAGUAAUUAUACAAAAUUAAGGCACCAUACUGGUUUAGCGAGUAAUUGAUGAGAUUUGGAAUUGAGGGUAACAUCUUUCACUCUUCACAUUAACAUAUUAAAAUCUUAUCUAAUUCAUGUAACAAGAUAAUUAAGUGUCCAUCCCAUAGGAACUCGUUGAAAAAACACUGAUCAAAACAAUGAAGUUGUUGCAGCGUGAGUGGACUUUGAACAGUUUAGAUUACAACUGUUUGUCUUGUCUUCGUUAGAUCAAAGCUUGUUUUCUAACCAGUAGAACAGUCUUUAUUUUGAUUGAGAUAAUUUCUUUAUCAGUUGAAAUGUUUACUGAUUCAGACGUGUGUGCUUACUGGGCACUGUGUGGUAGCUAUUUUACAAAUGCAGUAAACAAAACAAAGUUUGAAGUGUAGACAUGCUUUGGGAAUAUGUAUGACUGGCUUAACCAAAAACUGGUAAGAGCUUAGAUCAAAUGCUGUAAUGUCAGAAAAAAACUAACACAGAAUGUACAUCCUGUGCUUGUUUCAAAGCACAAAAUACAUAAAUAUCAGUAAGAUCAUCUAUCAGUAAGAUUUUGUGACUGUCAUAUAGUUCAUUGCAAAUCUUAAGUAUUUUGGAUUCUAUGUAAUAUAGAAAUCCACUAGAUUUAGAUCUUAUUGCGGUGUUGUAUGGUUUCUUUACUGUAUCACUUGGUCAUACUAACAGCAUUGUACUAGAAAUAACUUACUGUCUCUUAAAAAUGUGUCUGUAUUUUCUUUACUUAUAUUAAACAUAUACAUUAAAGCUAUUGGUGUGUGUGUGUUAAGGAAGAGCACAUUCCACUGUUGCAUUACCACUUCCUUCAUACCAACCUAACCACCCCUAUCUCUGUAAAUACUAUGGUCCACUCACCUUAUAUUCAGAAUGAACCAAACUAUCUAGAGGGGGUUCAUGUUGAACAAAAUAUUAUGUGGCAACGCAUCAAUGCAAUGGGUGAAUGUGUCAGAUGGGCCUUUCCAUCUUUGUGCAAUCUUUCCUUAUCCUUUGUUUGACUUAGUAUUCCAAGAUUACUUUAAGUACUUAACUUUAUGAAACUACAGCACAGUAUCAUGCAGGAUUCUCUACUGACUUUUCUAGGAGACCAACUUGCUGUACCAACAAUAUCUGGAGUGACACAGAAAGUCAAAACUGCUGUAUAGUGCACAAAAACUUGUAGGAAAGCUGCAUGCUCUUAUGAUGUUUAAUAACUGAUACAGACACAUGUACUGUUAUGGUGUACCUGCAUAUCUUAUGUUUGUUGCUAGAAAGAGAGACAGAGCUUUAAGAUAUUUUGUAUUCGUUUUUGUUUGCAGUAGAGUCAGAAUUGUUUGACCUUCUCAGAAUAAAGCUAUAAGACUAUGUAUACCA